GAAAAAACCAAGAAAAAAAUUCUCAAGUAUAUCUGGUCAAAUCUUUCACAUAGUAAAUUUGAUGUAGAAUCAAUUGCAGUUAGAAAUAACAAAUUCCAUUUGAAAUUGUUGAUACAUUCAAAUUCAACCAACACUCACCAAAUCCAUAUCCAUUAUCCAAAAAGCACCAAUGCAAUAAAAGAUGCAUGUGAAACACUUGAAUAUCUCUCUCAUCGUAGGAAUGAGUGUAUUGGUCCAAAAAAUAAUCGAAAAUUUGAGGAUUUAUACUAUCAUACUGAGAAAUUGGUUUUUAUAAGUUUUAACAAGUCACCAGGUCUUUGGAGAUUAAAUGAUAUACGUUAUGACAUUAUGGCAAAUUUGAUCAGGGGUAAAAAUGUUUCAUUGGUUAAAAAAAUCUUGUUUAAGGACAAUGAUAACACUGGAGCUUUGAAAAAUAAUAAACAUUACUUACACAUUCCACGUUUAUAUGGGUGGCCAAAAGUAAAAAAAGAAACCGAUUUAGAAGUUGCAAUCAAAUGCGCUAAAGGGCAGAAUCAUAACCGUACAAUGAUAGUGGGAUUUUUAUUAGAAUAUUAUUCUAAUCAUGCAUUAGCAAAUGUUGGAUGGAUGUUUACAGUAAGUCAAGCAGUCCCAUUAUUAUUAUCUAGUAAAAAUUUAGAACUGUAUCUAAAAGGAUUAUUUUAUAAACCAUGCUUUGGAGUAAAAGAAGUUUUGAUUGACCAAUGUUUUGUUGAUCCAUAUGAAUUAAGGCAAGGUGAACAUAAGGCUGUUUAUCCUUUAAGUGCAAGGCCAAGAUUAAUACGAAACAUCACUAGAAAACCUUCUUUAAUGGAACGAUUUUCCAAGUUUAAUUUGUUUAAAAGUGAUUAUGAAGCAAAGAGAUAUGUGGAAAAUAGCAAUGAAUUAGGUCAAAUGAUAAGUGUUCAUGUAGUUCCAUUACCAGAUUUUCUUCUAUAUCCAAAUGGUAUAAAAGAUAAAAAGCUAGGAAAAAAAAGUCUGCUCUUAAAACUAUUAAAACUAUUAAUUUGGCCACGUGAAUAUGUUAUAAAGAAGAAUGAGGAUUCUAGUGCAUUUUUGCAAGUAAUUAAACAUAAUGGAAAUGAAUUAAUCUUUGACAAUCCAUCGUUGGAAGCAUGCAUCAAAUACAAAUAUCCUCCAGCAAAAUUUUUUUAUGCCAGACAAUUACUGCUUUACAUAGCUUUCUCAGUUUCUAUAAUAUAUCAUCUUGGUGUGACCGCUUUCUCUAAUAUUAACUUUGAAAAACCUGAGGAUGCAAGAGAAUAUGCAGACCUUUUUUAUAAUCCAGUCAAAAACACAUAUGUGUUUAUAAUUGUGCUAUAUUUUAGUUAUUAUUUGUUGGCUAUUGAGUUCAUACAAUUUAGGCAAGAGAAAAUUCAAAGAUAUUUCAGCUUAUUCAAUUUCGUAGAUAUUAUAUCAAUUGUAGUUCCAUUUGCUACUUCAAUAGGGAAUUAUGUUAUUGCUAUAUUUUCAUAUGCAGAAUCAAUUGACUUUAUAAAUAAAGGAAAUAAUGAUUCACAAGCUCUAGAAGAUUUUCUAACAGCAAGAUUUGAUUUAGUUGAAAUAAAUCGAUAUGCUAUAAUUAUUAAUUCUUUUGUUGUGUUGAUCAUAUGGCUGCAAGCUGUAACUUUUGCACGUCCUGCAUAUUUCAUCAAUCUUAUUAUUGAUAUAAUAUCAAGUGUUUGGCCAUUUUUAGCUUUUAUGUUGAUUUCAGUUGGUGGAUUUGGUCAUGCAAUGUACAUAUUAUUAAACGAUCCAGAUAAUAUCGGAUUAACCCCAAACACCUCAGGUUAUGGUGUAAGUGACACAUCAAUCCCUGAAGGAAAUCCUAAUCCUUAUGCCAAUAUAGAAAUUGAACCAAUUGUUAAUGUAAAAGAUGUAAAUGAUAAUUAUUUUUUCCAUUUUGGGAAAUCAGUUGAAUCUGUUUAUUUUUGGCCAUUAGGCAGAUGGGAUCAACUUGAUCAAUGGGAUUUUUGGCCAGUUGAUGCAUUGAGCAUAUUUGCAAGUUUAUUGCUUGUAAUUAUAAUGCAAAAUUUAUUAAUUGCAUUUAUGACUGGUAUAUUUGAAGAAGCAAGUCAAAAUGUGAAACAAAAAACCUUGAAAAUUCGAGCAGAUCUACUGGCAGAUUAUGAAACAUUGGAGAAACCAUUUGGUAAUUCUAGAGGAAAUCCACAAUAUAUUUAUUAUGUUGGAAAAGCUAAUGAGUUAGAAAAUUGGUUAUUGAAAACUGAAAAGUUUCAUAGUAAACGAUCCAAAUCAUUGUUGCUUGGAGAGGAUGCUUCUUCAUGUUUGUAUGAUUUUGAAUAUGAUGAGUUUAUUGAUGAUGAUGAAUGUGAUGAAGGUAAAGAUGAUGUUUAUAUAGAUGAAGAGAGUAAGAAAAUGAUGCAUAAAGAUAAUGAUGUUGAUAAAAUUUCUUCAUCUAAACUGGAUGGUGGAGAUAAAUACAAUGAUAAUAAUGAGAAAACCUAUCAUCCUGGUGAAAAUAUGAAAUUUGUAGUAAGGACUUGUGAAAUCGUUGAUGCUGAAUUCAACAAGGAAACUAUGAACAAGAAUAAAAAUGAUGGUGGUAGUAAUAGUAAUGAUAAGGAUAAGGAUAUUGUGGAUAAUUUAUUGAUGAAAUCUUUGAAUAUUGAAGAAAAUUUAAAUUCCUUACAAAACAAUGUGAAAAAUUUGGAUUCAAAUGUCACAAAUAAAAUUGACACAAUUGAAAAUGAUAUUAAAGAAAUCAAAGAAAUUUUAAAAUUAAAUUUCAAUAAAUAG